CAAGUCCCAUCUUUGAAACUUCAUGUUAUAUUCCAUCUUCAUUUCCAUCUGUAUUACCUUAAUUUGAGAUUUCUACAGAGAGAUCCAUUUGUAUUACCAUAAUUUAAAAUACUUACUUUUCUAAAGAGUACCUCUACCUUUAAAUACAGCCCAAAGUUUGUUGUAAUCCUGAAGUUCUCCUUCCUCUCUCUCUUCUCUCUCAAAACAAAGAAAUGGAUUUAAGAGUUAUUCAAGAUACGACAGUCAUUUUGCCAACAAUGAUGAACAACAACAAAAUGAAGUUGAGAAGAAAAAACAUUCUUUGUGUUGGGGUGCUCACAAGAUCAGCAGAGGGUGAAGUAAUAGAAGAAACAAGAAAAACCAAAACUGUUUAUACAGAUAAUUGGUUUGAUAAAAUUGCCAUAGACCAUUUGUCUCAGGCAGUACAAGCAACAUCAGGUUGGAGAAGCAAAAAGAGUGGAUAUGAAAGCUUGUUGGAAGUGACAACAAUGGCAUCGAGAAAUUUCAACCACAUCAAACAAAAAGAAGUUGUCAUUCAAGCCCUUGGAAGGGCAUUUCCAAAGCCAAUCCUCUCUUUGAUAAAAGCAUUGCUACCGCAAUCCAAAUUCGCAAGGGAAUAUUUUGCUGCAUUCACCACUGUCUUCUUUGCUUGGUUAGUUGGACCCUGCGAGGUGAAGGAAUCAGAAUUCAAAGGGAAAAGAGAAAAGAAUGUGGUUCAAAUCCAUAAGUGCAGGUUCCUAGAGCAAACUAAUUGUGCUGGAAUGUGCAUUAACCUAUGCAAGUUUCCAUGUCAGGAUUUCAUCAAAGAUUCCUUAGGAAUGCCUGUCACCAUGGUCCCCAAUUUUGAUGACAUGAGCUGUGAGAUGAUAUUUGGAAAGGAACCACCAGCUUCAAUCGAUGAUCCAGCGCUUAAGCAACCAUGUUACAAACUAUGCAAAACGAAAGAGAAACAUACAACAAACUGCUUCAUUUAAAGCAAAGGGAUGCUGAAAGAUUUUUUUUUGGAUAAUAUCCAUUUGAGCUCCCAAUUGUCUUUUGUUUCCAAUAUUUUCUGAAUUACAGGAGAACCUCUUUUCAUCUUCAUCUUCCAAGAUGAACAGAUAGUUUUACUGUUUAGGCAUCAGAGAAAAAAUAACUUUGCAGAAUCUGGCUUUCUAGUCA